AUGUUCGAGCCCGCCAUCCUGCCGGGGAGGCGGGAGCUUCAGUACUCGUGCGACCUGUGCGGGGAGCUGCCCAUCUCGUGCAAGCGGUGGUGCUGCGAUGUUUGUGAAGACUUUGACAUAUGCGACACGUGCCACGCCACGAGCAUGCAGAUGAAGGAGCGCGGGGUCUCGCACCCCGGCCCGCACUCUCCCGACCACCCGUGCACGGCGUACAAGAUCACGGAGAGCGCCGAGCCCGUGCAUUCCGGUUCGCUCAAGGACGUCAUGGCCGACGCGAUCGAGAGAUGGUUCGUGGACACGCUCCGCAACGCGAAGAACGGCGACGCCAACCAAGCGGCACUCCUGGCGGAGAUGCUCAGCACCGGCUACGGGUGCACCAAGGACGCGGAGGAGGCGCGGUACUGGAAGCAGGUUGCCAGGAACGGCGGAGCCAGGCGAGUGGUGGGGGUUUACGACGAGCUCCCGUGA